UGCUGCUGUUCCUAUCACUCCAGUGCCUCCGCCUGCGCUCGAUUCUGAUUACAUUUACCACAGUGCCUAUCUCAGAAUGAACUAUCUCACGAGUUAUUACGACGUACUCUCGGUCUUCAUGGGGACUGGAACUCGAUGCUACAGGCGUCGACUUUGUGAUCUGCACCCCGGUCUCUACGCAACCCGGUUGCGACGGGAGUGUUCCGGGGCCCAGAAACAUGAAGCAUAAAACCAGCUGAUCUCCUCAAGCUUGCACUUCGUUCACUAACUCGAAUCCUUCUCGUUUCUUCAUGCAAGCGCGCCCUUUUCGAGCUAUCCACUAACCAUGGCAGACCUCAAACCAACCUUGCACCAUCUUGAUAACUCCCAGUCCCAGCGCAUCUUAUGGCUCCUCGAGGAACUCGAAAUACCUUACAACCUGGCUCUACACAAACGGCAGGAGACCGGACCAAAGGCACGGAGAGCUCCCGAAGAACUGAAAAAUACCCAUUUCCUCGGGAAAGCGCCGCAGUUGGAAACGGGCAAUGGUAGGGUGAUUGUGGAAUCUUUGGUCAUUGCAAGAUACCUUAUCCAAACAUACGAUAGAGAAGGAAAGUUCAAAUGCGGUGGCGACUGGAUGCGUGACGAAGAGCUAUCCAAUCUUGCCUCUACUACGAUUGGGAGUUUGACGAUGCUCGAGCUGGUGUUUUCAUUGCUUGUGCAGGCGUCGCCAUGGUUCAUCCGUCCCUUGCUGUCGACGGUGCAUGCCAAAAUGCACAGCGCCUUUACGGGUCCUGAUCUCGACUUAAAUUUCACAUACUUGGAACAGCAGCUCGGCGACCGAGAUUACUUUGGGGGCGAUUAUCCAUCACAAGCUGACUUCAUCAUCUCGUGGCCCAUGGAUCAGUGCAUGGAGAGAGAUCUGAUUGAUGUCAAGAAGCAUACCAGUCUUGGUGAAUGGCACGAGCGGAUUCAUGAGCGCCCGGCCUGGAAGCGGAGCAUCGAGAAAGGAAAUGGUUACUCGCUUGAGCUCUGAUGAGCGUGCUGUUUUGGCGACAUCAUGCCGGGGUCGUGAAUAGGGACUCAUGUUUGAAUGCUGGAAUUUUUUAUGAUGACAGUAUACCCCAAGAAGACGCAGCUGUUUUUUAUCUUUUUGAUUACGGGCUAGAAUGCAAAGGCGCGUUUGAACGAGAGGUUGCAUGUCAUAUGACCCCGCCCUCUUUAUAAGAGACUUACGAUGAUGCUUUCUACAUUACAA